AUGUGUGAUAAUGUUGAAAGUAUAGUUGGGGAAAAACAACCUGUACAAGCGAAACCUGUUAAAAAAAAAGCUGCACAAGUAAAAACCGUUCAAGAAGAACCUGAACAAACAAAACCUGAUCAAGAAGAAGUUGAAGAAACAUUGGAUGAAGAAGUCAGAGUUUUAAUAAAAAAACGAAAAGGAAUGCGUUAUAUUGUUAAUCCAACUGGCAAUCAAAUGAAUAUCUUCAACAACAAUGAUCAAGCAAACGUUUCACAACAAACUUCUGGCAGUGAAAAUGCUACACCAAUGAUGGUAAUCAAAAUGGAGAUAAUGAAUAUACUCAAAUCUUUCAUAACUAUUGGACGUACUUUGUUCGAUUUAUUCAAGCAAUAUGCAACUCUUCAUCGUCAUUGA